UUGACCUCAAUUGAAUACGAAAGUUUCUUUUUUGAAUAGUGUAUUCACACAAUGUUUAAGAUAUGUAAAACGUAUCCUCUGCACACAUUCAGGGUAUUUUUCUGUAUGUGCUGUGUCGUAUAUGCUUAUUUACAUUUUCGAGAGCUCUGAACUGGAUAAGGAUAUUGUUGCUAGUAAUAAGAGAUAAAGGAUCGAAAAUUGAGCCAUAAUUUAGCUCACUGCAAAAUUAUGACGGAAAUCGACAAAAGGGCCUCUGUCAUAAUGAACAACUUUGCUGGGAACAAUGAAGCGAAAAAAGAAUAUGAUUUGCCUGGAAAGAAACCCAAAACCCUCCCUCCAUUAAAAGUCAAGAGUGUUCCUCAAGAAGGUCUCUCUUCCUCUACAGUACUUAGAGUUAAGCCCUUGCAGCCUUUAGAAGGUGGAAAGUCUGCAUCUAGUCAAGUCAGUACUAUGGCAGAAGCUGCAUUGGAACAUGAUCAUCUCCUUGAGGAUGGUGAAUCUGAAACCUCAUUCUCUUCACCAGAAAAAGCCUAUGAUCAAACUGGGAGGACGACACUUUUGGACCUUAGUUUGUCAUUAAACGAGCAAGAUGCCCAAAAAGAAAAAUCAUCAAAUGAUGCAAAAGGGACAGAAAGAAAGAUUUCUAAAACUGGGAAGGAAAUUAUGAAGAAUGCAAUUGAUAUAGAUAGCCCUGAUGGUGAUAAAAAGCCUGAAGUUUCUCAGCCUAAUAAAAAACCAGGUUUAAAGAAGUCACAAUCGUAUGGAGCACCAUCUAAUGUUAACUAUGUCACACCAAAGCAGAAAUUCAAGCACAGUUUGUCUGUCAAUCCUGCCCAUGAUAAAAACUCAAAAGGCUUAAACAUUGCUGUUUUCCUGAAAGAAGGUACUGGACAUCUGCUGUGUCUUGAAAAUGGGAAACAAACAACAGCUGGAGAAAUAAAGCAAAUAAUGAUGGAUGUAUUGUCAAUACCCCAUGAUUGCAAAGAUCUGUUUGCUGUGUGGCUGAUUUCACCCUUACUAGAGCUGCAGUUGAAAGGCCAACAUGUUCCAUUUAAACUGCGAAGACAAUGGAAAAAUCUACUCAAAAGAUUUACUUGGGCCAAAGAUGAAGAAAUAAGCAAAGAUGAACCAGUCAUGGUUUUCCAGCGAAAUUCAUUUUUAUCAGUUGCUGAUGAAAGGAAGGUUACAAAUGACAAGGCUAUCAGAAGAUUGUUCGAGGAGGCAAAAUUAAACGUUUUAAAAGGUCGGUAUCGGAUUGCUAAUGCUGAUGCCGAGAUGCUUGGUGGAAUUUUAGCAUGCAUUGCACACGGAAAAUUCGAUGGUGAAAAACACACGAUUGGAUUUUUUAAAAGAUCCCUUGAUAAUUUCUUACCGCAAAGUGCCAUAAAAAGACAGUGGCUGUCAAAGAAAUUGAAUCGCAACGCUGUGGAGCAGCAUCUCAUUACACAAUACUCACUGGCAUCUGAGAGGACAGACGAUCCAAACAAAUUUUAUCGAAUUUUCUUAGAAUUCUGUUGGACGUUGCCAUUUUAUGGUGCUGCAUUUUUCAAAGGCCAAGUGGAACCAGUUUCGCAUGAUCAUCAGAUCUGGAAAUCGCGUUCGAUGAACAUUUCGAUUGGAAUAGGCAGAGGGGGAAUAACAAUAUUCAGGGAAAACAAAUCGGAGAUUCUCCUGAAUCUGAUGUACGACGAGCUCUCAUGGGACUACUCGCAGUGUUCUGAAGAAGCCGGCACUGAUUCAUUUUGCAUCGAAUAUGAUACCGUCGCAAAUGACGGCAAACACAUUGCCAGUCAAUUGCAGAUAUUUUCACCACAGGCAGCCAUGAUGGAUGCUUUGGUUGAUUCCUGUGUGGCAGAAAUGAAUCGCCUGAAAAUUCCAAAAAGCCCAUUAAGUCCAGUGUUUAUGGAGGACGGCAAGCCACUGGCUGAUCAAGGGCCACCUCAGUUGAAAAAAGACCAGAAGAAAUCUAGUUUCUCCAUGGGCAGUGCAUUCAAGCACAAAUAAAGUCAUGAUGACUAUGGCAGUGUGGUUCGCCCUCCGGCUCCUCAUUUUGUUCUCCUUGCUGGUCCUGGUGUUGUUCCCCUGCUUGGUUCAUGGAAUGUCCUUGACUCUUGUAAGCACCCAACUUUUCAGAUUGCAAGAAAACCUUUUCAUUGCGUUGGUAUUAGCAAUUCAUUUAAUGAAAUUUUUAUCUACUAUAAUGCUGCUUCUAUCAUAUGCUCUAGUUGAAUUUAAUUUUGUAAUAGAUUUUUUAUCAUUUUAAUGAAUUAAUUGGUGCUGUAGAUGGGGUUGUUUUAUGUUAAGCACCUCAUGAAAAAUAUUUCAAGCGUAUAUAUGUAAUUCCUUCAUAGAAUUGUCACCUCUUAAUUUUUGCAAAUUGAACCCCUUCCCUUUGUACGUAACAAACAAAAUAUUUUAUGAGCUUUACAUUGCUGAAGUUGUAUGUAUUGAUUUUUCCUUGGGAGAUCACGAAUCACUUUGAAUGCCCCUCUUGAAGGCAGAGAUAGAGAAAUACCAAUUUUUUGUACAUCUGGUAGGAUAAUCUUUCUGAAAGUAACAGAAUGGAAAGUUAUCCGUGCAGUGUCGUCCUUCUCAGAGCCUAAGUUUGUGCUUAUUUUCCUUUACUUUAAAUAAUUCUUAAUUAUUACUUCCGAUAUGCCUCGUUUUCAAUCAAGCCGGUGAUAUAAGCCUGCUGAUAUUUUCUAUCUGUCGAAACAGAUAUUCAAUAAGUAAAUUUUGAGAUGUUGGAAUUUGCCAAGUUUGCUUUACUAUCCAACAAUUGUAACGCUAAGUCCGCUUUGGCCAAACUUAUUUAUUAGAUACUUCCACCAUAUUUCAACCUUAUAAAGAAAACCGGCCGAGAUAUUAAUCUGUACAGGUUUACCCUCACUCGUGGUAAAUUUUGAAUCUCCCCAGGUCUGAUCAACUUUGUAUCUUUUGUGCCCGUUUUUUUAUUCUGGAACAAAUUUAAUCAAAUGUAUUUAUAUAUAAUUAUAGAAUUAAUCUCUCUUAAGGCCGGUUUCUACUUUAUUCUCUCUAGUCGCACGACUGAGCGAAUGCACACUGGAGCAUGCGCAAAUUGAACUUCCUCAUUCGCUGCGAAUGCGCGACCAUUCGCUGAGUCGCGUUCACCGUUUCACUGAUUAGUUGAUUCGCUUUCGCUAAGUCGCGCGACCAGAAUGAAUCAAAUGAAACCGGCUUUUAAUCUCCUAAUCUUUGUAUAUUUGUGAAGUUUCAUAAGCAGUGUAGAUUCAAAAUAGCAACUUAAAUAUGACUUA